AUGACACGUUGCGUUGUUCUGCUGCUGUCGCCCGCGGGCGCGGGGGCGGGGCCGCAGGGGCGCGCCGACUGGCCGCCCGGCUUCUUCGGCCCCUUCGCGCAGUUCCGCCCCGCGCCGCUGCCGCCGCGCGCGCCCGCGCCCACCCCCGCCGCCCCCGCCGAGCCGGGCAACAAGGUGCUGCUCGACCUCAUCCUCGGCCUGCGCGACCAGCUGCAGCUGCUGCACCAGCGACAGAACUGCUCGGUGGCGGACGCGCUGGCGGAGUCGCUGCGGCCUCAGAGCUCCUUCGGCUUCGGCGGCGCAGGCUUCGGCUCGCCCUUCGGCUCGGGCUUCGGGGCGGGCUUCGGGCCCGGCUUCGGCUCCAGCUUCGGCCCGGGCUUCGGCUCCAGCUUCGGCCCGGGCUUCGGCUCGGGCUUCGGCUCGGGCUUCGGCUCGGGCUUUGGCUCGAGCUUUGGCCCCGGCCUCGGCUCGGGCUUUGGCGCCAGCUUCGGUUCGGGCUUCGGUCCGGGCUUUGGUUCCAACUUCGGCGCGGGCUUUGGCCCUGGCGCCGGCUUCGGCCCCGGCUCAGGCGCCGGCUUUGGAAGCCCAGGUGGCGGAGGCUUCCCCAACUUCUUCGGGGGCUCUCGGCCAGGCGCGACCUUCCCGAAGCCGAAGCCCGGGCAGCCGGGCGUCGUGUCCAACUUCGUGGGCACAUCCACCGUGAUGGGGUCGGACGGCAAGGUGCACGGCACCGUGAUCCAGGGCUCCAACGACAAGCCGCCCGUGGUCACCUCCUUCAGCAAGGAGCCCGGGCAGGAGCCCGUGGUUGUGACGACGGGCGCCGAGCCGGAGCCCGCCGCGGGGGCCGUGGUGGGGGCGGAGGAGGCCGCCGCCGCCACCGCUACCGCCGCCGCCGCCACCGGCAACGACGAGGCGGCACCAGCUGACGACGCCCGCUGAGCAGAGCUUCGGCGGCCUCAUCCGCCCCAAUAUUGAAGUUCCUCUGUCAGCGUGUUUAUCACUGUAGAAAAUGCAUUUUCAUUGAUAACAUCUCACUUGUGUCAUUUGACAAUGUAUAAUGUAUCGGAUAUAAAAGAGACAUUUAUGUGUGAAUUAUAUUUAAAAUUUAGAAAAUAGCUUGGUUCUGUUAUCAUUAUUGAUCUUGGCAUCAAAUUUAUCGGACACGCCAGAUACAUCAAACAACAAUAAUAAUAAAUAGAAAAGUGGAACACGAGUAUUGAUUUAAUAGCAUUCCUGUGCCAAUCUUUUCCUGAAUAAGCCUGUUACAUUACAUCUGUAUGCGCAAGCAUAUAUGAUAGGUUCUUUUUCCUGAAUAAAAAACUUUUAACUUGAGAAUCAUAGACCAGGAUUUUAUUAAACAAGCAAUUUAUUGUUUUG